CCCUAACGCUGAAACUGAAAACAUCGAGAUGAAGGUGUUCUGUGUUUUACUGUUGAUUGGGGCGGCCUGUGCGGCGCCAGGAGCAAGUAACAAUGAUGUUGUUGAGCUUUUAUCAGGAGUUACGCUUGAGAAGGACGCGCUAGGAAUAGACAAACUAAAUGUAAAGCUGGAACCAGGUGAAUUGAGAGAUGUCAAGAGAACUUUUGAUGAAGCCAGAGGCAAAAUCAAGAAAUACACGCCACUCCUAGCAGGUAUAGGAGUAAAGGUGAUUGCCGUGAUUGGCAUUCUCUUCGGCGCGCUAACUCUCUUAGUUACUAAGGCCCUGGUGGUCGCCAAAAUGGCACUGAUGGCAGCUACAGCUUUAGGACUUCAUAAAAUGUUCAGUGAAGGAGGUUGGAACAGUAUUAGCGGAAAGAUUUCUGGUGUCCAACCAUCACCUCAGGCAUGGUCAUCUCCAACAGCACAACAGUCUAACGCAUACCCCUACGCGAGAUCGGUCGACACAGCUAACGAAGCGAAUGAUGUUGCCUAUAGAACGCAAAUACCAUCAUAAUGAAUAUUAUUAUUAGGACAUAUUUAAUAUUAGGUUUAAUAAUAUUCAUAUUUUCUGUAAACGUUUUCUGGAAUAUCAAAUUGAUUGACAUUGUAUGUCAAUUGUCCGAAGUUAAAAUUUUUCUAAUGACAAUUGAAUAUCGAAUUUCAAAUGUGACCAAUGAUACUGUAUGCCAUUUGUCGGACGUCAACUUAUUUGACAGUUGACAUAUGAUACGUUCUAUCAUAAUAUUAAAAAAUAUAUGUUUUGAAUAUCGAAUUUUAAAUACGAAAUUGAAAAUUGAACGAUAAUUUAAAAAUUGUGACUAAUAGCGCGAUGUUUUUAAUACGAUUAGAUUAACUUAUGUACGAGCUUUAAUUAUUUAAGAACUAAGGCUGAAUGCAAUGGUGCUUUACCUUUUAAUUCAAUGUAGUUACAUAUAAUAAAGGUUCAAACAUAUAAAGAAAAAAAAUAUAUUUAAUUUAAGAUGUAAUAAAUAUAAAUGUAUGUUACGGAAGUCUCAUCGAUCUAUCCUAUAUUUUUUUUAAU